AUGGCAACCACAACUACUGCUAGGUCUUUUCUUCAAGCUGUCGCAACGGAAGAGGUUGCAACUCCUCUUAGAGUCGUUCAGAUGGAAGGACUGGUUAUCCUGAAGAUAAUUAAGCAUUGUAAGGACCACUCACCUUCUUUAGUCACUGGACAACUUCUUGGGUUGGAUGUCGGUAGUGUUCUUGAAGUUACCAACUGCUUCCCUUUUCCGAUGAGGGAGGAGGAUGAGGAAAUUGAAGCUGAUGGUGCCAAUUACCAGCUUGAAAUGAUGAGGUGCUUGAGGGAGGUUAAUGUUGACAAUAAUACCGUUGGAUGGUACCAGUCCACAUUGCUUGGUUCCUAUCAAACUGUGGAGCUGAUCGAAACCUUUAUGAAUUACCAGGAGAAUAUUAGACGCUGUGUUUGCAUAAUAUAUGACCCAUCAAGGUCUGAUCAAGGUGUCCUAGCUUUGAAGGCAUUAAAGCUCUCAGACUCAUUCAUGGAACUGUAUCGCAGCAAUAAUUUUACUGGGGAUAAAUUGAGGGAGAAAAACUUAUCAUGGGUGGAUAUCUUUGAGGAAAUACCCAUCAAGGUUUCAAAUUCUGCCCUUAUCAGCGCUUUUAUGACUGAGCUGGAACCUGAUACUCCAGUCACCCAGUGUGAUUAUGAUCGCCUGCAACUGUCAACCAGUUCACUAAUGGAGAGAAAUAUGGAAUUUUUGAUUGAAUGCAUGGAUGACUUGUCACUAGAACAACAAAAGUUCCAAUUCCACUAUCGUAGCUUGUCUCGUCAACAGGCUCAGCAGCAAGCAUGGCUUCAGAAGAGAAGGGCGGAGAACAUGUCACGAAGAGCUGCUGGGGAAGAGCCUUUGCCCGAGGAAGAUCCUGCAAACCCAAUUUUCAAGCCGCUCCCUGAACCAUCACGGCUGGAGAGCUUCCUCAUAACAAAUCAAAUUUCCAACUAUUGCAACCAAAUCAAUGGGGUUGCAGGGCAAAGCUUUAACAGACUCUAUUUGAUGAAGGCUUUGCACGAGGAAUAA